CUGGCGCCCGCGCGGCGGGGGCGGGCCUCGGUGGGCUCGCGGGCACGCGCGCGCGGGCUCCCGGAGCGGCAGCGGCUCCAGUCGGGGCGGCGGCAGCAGCAGCAGCAGCAGCAACAUGGACGAUCUGGAUGCCUUGCUGGCGGAUCUGGAAUCCACGACCUCCCAUAUCUCCAAACGGCCGGUGUUUCUGUCGGAGGAAACCUCGUAUUCUUAUCCAACUGGAAAUCACACCUACCAAGAAGUGUCUCUGCCACCACCGGUGCCUCCUCCUCCUUCCACCGAGGCCUUGAACGGGACGGUGAGCAUCUCUUUGGAGCAAUGGCACCCCGUCCUUCCGAGAAACCCCCACCAGCAGCCGCCGUCUCAGUCUCCUGUGUAUAGUUCCAGUGCCUCUGUGUCCAGAGAGUGCGCCAUCUCUCCUUCGCGGGCCAGUGACGAGGAACACGUCUACAGUUUCCCCAAUAAACAGAAGUCUGCGGAACCGUCUCCCACCCUGAUGAGCUCCUCCUUAGGCAAUAACCUGUCAGAACUGGACCGGCUCCUCCUGGAAUUGAACGCUGUCCAACACAACCCCCCACCUGGCAGUCCCACAGAUGAGACCCCGGGAAGCCCCUCGCAGUCUGGUGGGACCGGCUCUCACUACAGCCUCCUGGAGAACACUACCUCUUUGACCGCACAGCCGACGGCUCCGGCGAAGGAAAAGCCCAAGUGGAACGGAGGGCCCGGGGUGGAAGAAGUGUGCCCCAGCGUGGAGAGCCUUCUGGAUGAACUGGAGAGCUCCGUGCCCAGCCCAGUACCAGCUAUUACUGUGAAUCAGGGAGAGAUGAACAGUCCCCAGAGGUUCGUCUCCAGCCAGCAACAGACCCGCAUCUCUGCCUCUUCAGCAACCAGAGAACUGGAUGAGCUCAUGGCUUCCCUUUCAGACUUCAAGACCAGUUCCACCAUAUCUCUAGUCUCUGCGCCUUCCUUGCAGCACUCUUCUGGACCACCUGGCCCAGCUCCAUCCCACACGGUCCCUCCGCUGGCCUCAAAACCACACAGGGCCAAACAUGAUGGGUGUGACCUGGACUCUGAGGUCCCUCUUGAGUUGAAGGUCCUUCACAUUGAUGAGAAAAGCAGCGGUGUAGCGGUGGCCGCGAUUCCAGAACCUUCUUCCACCACAUUGCAUCGUCACCCUGCCAGAGCUUGGACGAAACCCCCCCUUGGUAAAGCGUCUGCCCCUCUCCCAAGUUCAGAUGGGCCCAGCAAAACCAGCCUUGAGAAGACCCGCGUCUCUUCUUCGGAGCCUGAGUCAUUAUUUAUUUUUGCGGAUGGCGCAGGAACUCUGAGUCAAAAACCCAGGAAACCAGAAGGACUUUGGAAGGAGAACCUCAACCGUGAAGUCAAGGAUGACAUUCCUUCGGUUUCGAGCAGGCUUUUGAAGAUGUCAGCCGCCCAAGAACAGGAAGAGAGGGUUCCCUUCUACCGCAAAGCUCCUUUCCUCAAGGAGAAUGGAAUGAGGACAAUUGGUUACACCAGGCAAAGUCAUUCAGAAACAUCACUGUUGGCCCCAAGAACGUCUGUCAAGAAGGACCAGGUUGGGCCACCCGACCUUUUUAACGUAGAAAGAUGGGAGAGUUUCCCAGGCACCAAAAGUCAGCCAGGCUGGGCUGCGCUGCAGCAGGCCUCAAACCAGAGGGCCGAAAUUCAAGAUCCAGUGAGGGCAAACAGCUGUCCUAAUGUUGCCGAGAGGGGAUCCAGAAAGAACAGCCUUCCGAAUGGGGUCGCGGCUACUCCAAAGGCUGCAGGACAUGUCUGGGAAGAGGAACUGGACCGUAUCGCUGGUCCUGCGGUCCCUGUGGAGGAGAGGAUAUCCACUUCGAGCCAGAUCCAAUCGGUGAUCAGGAAAACCAGAGAGAUCUCCAACGUGCACCCCAUGUGCCGCGAUCUCUCGCCGAGACGCAAGCUGGGCCCGGUCAUUUUCCACAAAAGCGUCUCCCAAGACCGCCUGAUCGAGGAACUUCAGGACAGGUUGGGCAUCAGCAAAGUCGAAGAGGAAGAUUGGCAACGAAGGCCCGACGACUGGUUGACCGAGGGGGUCGUCAUCACCUCCAGGCCUCAAAAGAAGGAGAAGGAUGGUAGUCAACAAAUUGAAAAGGUGAUCAUUCCUGCUAUGUCACCCCUUCCUCUGAGAAGAACCGUCUCUGUCCCACCUUCUCCUCCACCGCAGCUUCCAAAAGAUGUCUCCCAGGCCGCUCCUGUCAAAGCCACUCUGGGCUCUUCUCUCUCAUCUGCUCCUCCUCCUCCACCACCACCUCCCCUGGCCUUGCCCGCAUCGCCACAUAUCCCUCAGCUGCGCUUUGUGCCAUCCGCCCACCCGAUUCCGCCUCCCGUCCCGUGGGAAAUGCUGUUGGAAGAAGUUUCCCUCGAGCAGACACCGAUUCCCGCCCAGCCCAGCGGAGAGGCCCCUUCCUCCAAAACCUUGGUGUCGGUUAGCUGUCAAACAGAGGAGGCUUCCUUCUCCCCACCGCAGCAGGUCCUUCCUAUUUCACCUUUGGAUCCCGUCCUUGCUACUCGCCCACCUACUCCUGAGAAGUUUAUGUCCCAGGGGAAAGGAGCUGGCAGCUACCCAUCAACUACCCCUCCCAAGCCUGGCAGCCAGUUGGACAGCAUGCUUGGAAGCCUCCAGUCUGACCUGCACAAACUUGGGGUGGCAACAGUUGCCAAAGGUGUGUGCGGAGCCUGUAAGAAGCCCAUUGCUGGGCAGGUUGUCACAGCCAUGGGGAAGACCUGGCACCCCGAGCACUUUGUUUGCACCCAUUGCCAGGAGGAAAUUGGCUCCCGGAAUUUCUUUGAGCGUGACAGCCAGCCUUACUGCGAGAGGGAUUACCACAACCUCUUUUCACCUCGCUGUUAUUACUGCAACGGCCCCAUCCUGGAUAAAGUGGUGACGGCCUUGGACAGAACAUGGCACCCAGAACACUUCUUCUGCGCACAGUGUGGGGCGUUCUUUGGCCCUGAAGGCUUCCAUGAGAAGGACGGCAAAGCCUAUUGCCGCAAAGAUUACUUCGACAUGUUCGCUCCCAAAUGUGGCGGAUGUGCCCGGGCCAUCCUGGAAAACUAUAUCUCGGCCUUGAACACCCUGUGGCAUCCCGAGUGUUUCGUUUGCCGGGAAUGCUUUACCCCGUUCAUCAACGGCAGCUUCUUCGAACAUGACGGUCAACCCUACUGCGAAGUGCAUUACCACGAACGCCGGGGCUCGCUCUGCUCCGGAUGCCAAAAGCCCAUCACAGGCCGCUGCAUCACCGCGAUGGCCAAGAAAUUUCACCCGGAACACUUCGUGUGUGCCUUCUGCCUCAAGCAACUCAACAAGGGAACCUUCAAAGAGCAGAACGACAAGCCUUACUGUCAGAACUGCUUCCUGAAACUCUUCUCCUAAGGCUCGGCCCGUCCUUUGUGGUAUCUCCUGCCAGGAAACCCCUUGCCUUGUUGCGUAUCGUCCCACGUUCAGCAACUCGAGCGGGUUGAUGUAGGAGAUGAGGAGGAAGACGAUUCGUGUGUGUGGAUGCAAAUGAGAUGCUCACAGCUGCUCUGGGAAGGGGGGAAGAUCCAGAGCAAGAGGCCUAAGGGCAGGGGUCUUCAAACGUGGCCCUUUUAUGACUUGUGGACUUCAACUCCCAAAAUUCCUCAGCCAGCGUGCUGAGGGGAAAGGGAGAGGUUUCUACGCUGAGCCAUGCUGGCUGAGGAAUUCUGGGAAUUGAAGUCCACAAGUCAUAAAAGGGCCAAGUUUGAAGACCCCUGCCUAAAGGAGUAGGGAGGUUGGGUCUUCUCCAACCUAUCCUCCGUUGAAGAACAGGGGAAUCACACCACCCAGAAUUCUGAGCCAGCUUUGCUGAGGGAUUUUGGGAGCUCUGGUUUGGAGCCGUUUGGAUGCUAAGGUGCCACGGUUUGGAAGAGGUCACGUCCGAAGAGAUAUUUGAGGAGGAAGAGGGUCUUCAUGACAUCUGAGAGCCAUGAAGGACAUUGGGGCCGGUUUGGUGGACAGGGACUAGGAGACAAGCAGGGCGGAUUUUGCAAUGGGGGAAAAGAAGGCAGAAAGCUGGAACCUCCAACUCGGCAACCUUAAGCUUUCUGGACGACACCAUUCUCCAUCCAUCCAUGGGGAAUUCUGGGAGUUGAAGUCCACAGAUCCUAAAGUUGCCAAGUUUGGAGACCCCCCCCAAUAGAGUGGAUGAAACCUCUGAGUGUGGUGUUUGGAGGACAACUGAUUGUACGAGAUUUUUACAGUCUCCUGGUCUUUGUUCUGAUUGUAAGGUGAGGUCUACUAGAUUUUGUGGUGGUGGAAGUGUAAAACCACAAAUUUUGACUUUUUUUUUUUUUUUUUUGGCCUCUUGAUUCUUCUCCAGAACCAUCUCUUGUGCCUGUGCGUAAGAUUCUCCUCAGAGAUGACCUUCUGAGCAAUAAUAACUUUUUCUAUCGACUUAGCAAUUUUUAUAAACCCUUUGGCCCUUUUCUCCUUCCCAAGUGUUUUGAUUGUGAGAAACAGUCUUUUUGCUAUUAAGCUGAAUGCUGUGUGUUUGGGUGAGGAAUGUUGCGGGUUUUUUUACACUGGGUCUUGAAUGCAUAACAAAAAAAAAAAAGCUUUUAAAUCUCAUAUAUGGAAAUUUUAGUUUUAUGAACAUUUUUCGACAGAUGCUUCUUAAGUAUCUGAUUUUUUUUCUGGGCAGGACCCUAAGCUGUGUUGGUUCCUGUCUUUAUGAGCCUUGAUGCUUUCUUAAAACCAACUAUUAAUUAUAUAUAAAUAUAUAUAUAUAUAUAUAAAUCCUUUUUUAAACUGGAGGAGUGGAAUCUGUUAGGAGUGUAUGUAUAUUUUCCUCCCCCCCCCCUCUAUUUUUGCUUAUUAAGUAGUUUUGUAAGGAUCAGGAUUCAACUGGAACGGAUUUUGUAAAAGGAAAACUUGUACAAAGAUGAGAGAAAGACAAAUCUGUCUGCUUUCUCCUGGAUUUUUCAAAGAGCCUUAAGUUAACUUCAAAAGCACACAUGAUAAACUAUGUGCCUGUUUCACAUGUUGCUCUUGGGGUGUGGCUUGCCACAUAAAUUUUACCCUUUGGUGGCUAGAUUUUUUCCCCCUUUCUUUUGCCCACUGGCUUGGGGUCCCAGGCUGAUGGCGGGAGAAGCAAAAACCUGGACUGCUUGGGGUCUCCUUCUGGGAUCAAACUGGAGAUGUCCUCUCCAACCUUUUUUGGAAAUCGGUUGCUCUUUGAAGACAUGUCCUGCCCAAUGCAUUUUUGCCUGGACUCUCCGAGCAUUUUUUUGAAGGGAGAGAUUUUUCAAAGCCUGAGAAGCAGUGCGGUAUUCCAUGGUUAAGAUGCUGGGUUUUUCAGCUGAAAAGCUGGCAGCCCAGGUUUGAGACCCAGUAUCAUGAGACUGGGUGAGCUCCCGUCCUCACUCAGCUCAGCUCCUGCCCACCUAGCAGUUCGAAAGCAAGCAAGUGUGAGUAGAUAACUAGAUACCACUUCAGUGUGAAGGGUAACCAGGCUCCGUGACAUCACGCUGACCAAAUGACCGGGGGGGGGGGAUGUCUUUGGACAGCGCUGGGCUCCGCGGCCUUGAAACGGAGAUGAGCAGCGCCCCUUAGAGUCGGCAACAACUAGCAAAGUAAAAUCCGCAGGGACUCCUUUGACUUUAUUUUUCUCAAAGCCUGAACUUGGAAAGAAGCUCUUUCAAAAUCCCGGCGGUUUGAUCUUGCUUUCAACAUGAGAAGGCCCAUUGAAUGAUUUGAUUGGCUGUCUGCGUUAAGACAAAAAUGUGCCUUUUUCUCUCAUUUUCUGUGCUUUUUUUAAAAAUCCCCAUCUUUUGUGGGGGGGUGGACUGUCCUCUGCUACUGUAGCUUUUGGCAUUAUAGGCAAUUUGUUUUAAAAUAAAUCCUGUGCUUCACGCUCUAUUUUUUUUUUUUAACCAUUACUCUUUAAGUGCCUUAAAAUGAAGUGGGUCUUGAUGAAAACUUCAGCUGUUCUGCUCAGGAGGCGAAGGGGAGGUUUUCCUGUGGAAUUAUAUUUCUCUCUCUUCCCCCCUCCCCCCUCUCCAUUUUCUGUAUUCCUUUUGCAAUGUGUUGUCCCCCUUCUUAAAAGUCCCUGUGAUGAUGCUAAUAAAGAUUUGGAGAUGGA